CAGGUUCAGUUGGUAGUUGUGGUUAUACGCGUGUUUUAAUAUCAUGUAAUGAGAGUCGGUUCACGGCGUUGGUUAAAAUUAGAACUGCUUGUUGUUGGGUCCUCUGAGGAAUGAGUCAGUCCACGUUAGAUUCAUGCACACAGCUCUGUGCUGCGGGCUGGUGCGGUGAUUGACAGGCUUCUGGCCAAUCGCAGAGUAGUUCAGCUGGCGUUCUGACCAAUAGCGUUGCACGUCUGGAGAGGAACUGAAUGGCAACGCCCUGCUCAUUUUGUAUUACGUGAACGUGUCUGGGUGGAGACGGUAGUAAGUAGGCAGUUUUGGCACAGUGUGUCUUCGAACAGUUUCCACAGUUUGAAAAUUAUUAAGGAUGGCCGCUCAUUGUGUGUCGAAGGUCGAGCUCUCCAUCUCUUGCAAUAAUCUUCUGGAUAAAGAUGUUGGAUCCAAAUCUGAUCCACUCUGUGUUCUGCUGCAGAGUGUCGGGGAUGACAAAUGGUCUGAGGUGGAACGCACAGAGAGAGUGAAAAAUUGCCAGGACCCCGAGUUCUCAACAAAACUUCACAUUGACUACCACUUUGAGAAGGUGCAGAAGCUAAAGUUUGGUGUUUAUGAUAUUGACAACAAGUCUGUUGACCUCAAGGAUGACGACUUCCUGGGAGGCUUUGAAUGUACCCUUGGCCAGAUUGUGUCAAGUAGGAAGAUUACCAGACCCCUUCAGCUCAAGGCAGCAAAACCAGCUGGGAAAGGCACAAUAACAAUCACAGCUGAUGAGAUGAAAGACAACAGGGCUGUUGUGAUGGAAGUAGAGGCCAAAAACCUGGAUAAAAAGGAUAUGUUUGGGAAGUCUGAUCCAUUCUUGGAGUUUUUCAAGCAAGAAGAAGAUGGGAAGUGGCAGCUAGUUCACAGGACGGAGGUCAUCAAGAAUAAUUUGAAUCCAUCUUGGAAAAAGUUUACUGUCUCCUUGCAUACAUUCUGCAGUGGUGACCUGAAUAAACCAAUCAAGGUUCAUUGUUUUGAUUAUGAUAGCGAUGGCUCUCACGAUCUCAUUGGUGUGUUGCAAACUAAUGUGUCAGAUCUGCAGAAAGCAGCUCAUGGCUCCCCGGUUGAGUUUGACUGCAUUCAUCCAGAGAAGCAAAAGAAGAAAAAGAGUUAUAAGAACUCUGGGGUCAUCAGGAUUAAGUAUUGCAAGCUUGAGGCACAGUAUUCAUUUCUGGAUUAUGUGAUGGGAGGUUGCCAAAUUAACUUCACGGUGGGCAUUGACUUCACUGGCUCUAAUGGAGACCCCCGCUCCCCUGACUCUCUGCACUAUCUCAACCCUAAUGGUGUGAACCAGUAUCUGUCAGCCAUCUGGUCCGUUGGCCAGGUAGUCCAAGACUACGACACUGAUAAACUUUUCCCAGCAUUUGGAUUUGGUGCUCAAGUGCCUCCAAACUUCCAGGUAUCCCAUGAGUUCCCAUUGAACUUCAACCCCAAUAGCCCAUAUUGCCAAGGAGUGCAAGGCAUUGUGGAAGCCUACCGCGUGGUUUUGCCUCAAAUUCGUCUCUAUGGACCCACCAACUUCUCCCCCAUUAUUAAUCACGUGGCCCGAAUUGCAGCCGGAGCUGCCCAGCAACCAAAUGCAGCACAAUACUUUGUGCUGUUGAUCAUCACUGAUGGAGAGAUCACUGAUCUCGACCAGACCAGACAAUCCAUCGUGAACGGCUCCAAACUGCCCAUGUCCAUCAUCAUCGUGGGCGUGGGUGAGGCAGACUUUAAGGCCAUGGAGUUUCUGGAUGGUGACAACGGAGUUCUCAAAUCUUUGACCGGAGAACCGGUGGCCAGAGAUAUUGUGCAGUUUGUGCCCUUCAAGCAGUUUGCCAGUGCUCCUAAAGAAGCGCUGGCUCAGAGUGUUCUAGCUGAGGUGCCGAAUCAGCUGGUGUCAUAUUUUAAAAUGAGAAAUAUGGCUCCUGUCAACCCUCCUUCACCUGUCAAGUAGACACAGGUUUGCGCUGGAGACUGAAUUGUAGGUAUCUGAAAGAAAUAGGAAUUAGUUAGUUAUUAUGGGUCACCACUAGAGGGAACCACAGCUCUGUUAAAGGAAGCACUGUGGUGGUGUUGAACUCUAAAGACCACUUGCCUUCACUUCUAUCUUCCUUUUUUAUAUAUUAUGCAAAUAAUUUUAAUUCUCAGUCCUUCGUAUUUUUCUUUUACCUUCCAAGAUUUUUUUUAAUAGAUCUAUUUCUCUAUAUUGUUCCAUAUAUUUUUGUAUUAUUUUUCAUGAAUGCAGAUGCCUUGAGUUUCUUAAGCCAACAUUUGAAAUCACUUUUAGGCCUUGCUCUGCUUUUUGAUGUAGAUGUAUGCAAUAUCAAUCAGGAAUGCUGUUUUAUGAAAUUUCCUGCACUUUUUGCGAUAUAGUAUUCGUCAGAAAAAAGUGAACGACUCAAACUCAUUCAGCCAUUAUGCUGCAGUUCAUAAUCAUGCUGCCAUAAUAGAGAUGAUGAGUAGCUAUAACCUUACCAAAGAAAUUGCUGCAUGUUUUUCACUAGCAAACUAAAGCUGUUAGAAGCUAGUAUCUUUGAGAAUUAUUUUGCCAAUGUUAUCAUUUGUUUUGACCAAGAUAUAUUGAGGAUCAUUUGAAAUAGUGCUGGGCGGUAUACCGGUUCAUACCGAAUACCGGUGUUUAUUUUUCUUAUGAUAUGAAUUUUUAAAAUACCGCAAUACCGGUGUUAUUUAAAUAACGUUCGGAACGCGACACACUGUUUGAGAGGGGUCUCUUUUCACUAUUGCAUUGUGGCAAGAACACAGCUGUAUGUGUUACUAAGCGUGAAAGUUCUGAAGCUGUAGAACUAGUAGAACGUGAUGACACAGAAGAACUUAUCCACAAUAUCCACCGCCCGCUGCCAUCAGCUCCCGCGUCUCACACACACGAGCGUGACUUUAGCACUAUAUUUAGCAACUUUCAGACCCUUUUAGCGGCUUUUUUUCCAUAGAAUAUACAAACUGACAAACCUAGCGAAUGUUUUGGAUAAACCUUAGCUAUGGUUCAGUUGGAAGAUGUCGCCAGUGCUGCCCUUGGCGCGAGAUCUGACUCCCAGCGCAGCGUCGCGUCUCUCUGCGUCUGUUCUGUGCAGUGAGCGGCAGAGAAGCACCGCAUUCAUUUGGCCGUACCGCGACUGUUUGGAAUUAUAAAUAUGAGCAUAGUUCGUCUGUUAAUAUUAUGCACUUUUCUUUUAGUUUACUCAGACGCAGGCAGUGCGCUGCAUGAGACAAAAAAGUAAUAUAGCCAAAACCACCGCAUAGCCGCUCUUUAGUAUAACGUUAGAUGCAAAUGAGAAUGACUCCUGGUUAACGUGUAUUAAUGGGUCGUGUUUAGUCACUAUUUAGUGUGGAAUUUUUCUACAAUAUUCGCUCAUCAUGACAGUAAAAUAGGGCAUUCUAAGUCAAUCAACUGCAGUUUUUCCUCUCUCAAUAAGUAGAAAAUGUGGUUAACACCCGAUCAUGCAUGAAAAAAAAAAAAACCGUCAUAUACCGUGAAACCGGUAUAAUUUUGAAAAAUACCGUGAUAUAAAUUUUUGGUCAUACCGCCCAGCACUAAUUUGAAAUGCAUAUACUAUACAGUAUGAUUUUGAGUAGAAUGGAAUUAAAAAAUACUGGUUUACUGGUAUAAAGACAGGCAUUGGGACCAUAGAACUCCUUAUCCGUUAUGCCUUUUUAUUUUGAGCAUUUUGUACAUUUGUGUCAAAUAAUGUUUUAAAGAUCCAUUUGGAACGAUAGAAGUAGUGCUGUUGAUUUCAUUUAUCUAACACAAAUGUUUGCACCUUAAUCGCACAGUAAACCUAAUUGCACUUCUCCACUAGAUACAUGUACUCUCUUGCGCUUGCCACAUGAAGUCUUACGGGACCGUUAUCUUGUUUAAAGAAUCUUUUUAAUCUAAUGAUUUAUAGGGCAUGUAAUCAUAUUAUGAAUGUUUUUUCUUCCCAUCAUUUUUUUUGUAAUCUUGAAAUAUGUUUACACGGCAAAAUGUUCUUCAGAAGCCAUUGUUACACCAAUUUUGGUGUCAAAAACAGUCAAAAAAUGCUGAAUAAAAUAAAAUUGCCUUAUUAACACACACAA